GGGCAGCUGCUGCCGCGCCUCCGUGGGCGGGGCCGCUGGCUGAGCGGAGCGGAGGCGCCGCCGGGCGGAGGGCCCACGCGGGCUCAGCUUUCCCGGUCGGCAGUGGUGACGGUAGCCCAGCCUGCCGGGGAGCGGUUGGUUUUCCGAGUCGCUGUCUUCCAGGCUCCGUCAGUGGUCGGCAUGGCACGUGGAAAUCAACGAGAACUUGCCCGCCAGAAAAAUAUGAAGAAAACCCAGGAAAUUAGCAAGGGAAAAAGAAAAGAGGAUAGCUUGACUACCUCUCAGAGAAAGCAGAGUUUUGGAGGCCAGAAAUCUGAGAGAAAGGUGUCAGCCGGGCCACAACUCCCUCUGAAGGCUCCAAGGGAGAAUCCUUGCUUGCCUCUUCCAGCUGCUGGUGGCUCCAGGUAUUACUUGGCUUAUGGCAACUUAACUCCUAUCUCUGCCUUUGUCUUUGUGAUUUUCUGUUCUAUCUUCUUUCCUUCUUUUUAUGACGACUUUUGUUAUUGGAUUUAGGUUCCAUUCUAACCUAGGAUGAUCUCAUCUGGAAAUCCUUAAUUGCAUCUACAAAAACCAUUUUCCCAAAUAGGUUACAUUCACGGAUAUCAGAUGUAUCGUUUUGGGGUCUGGUGAUUCAAUCCACUACAAGGAGUUUUUUAAACAAAAAUAGGAAACUUCGAUGUAACUUAGCACUUUAUAUAUAUUUUUUAAAAUGGAGUCUC